AUGGCUACGAUGUGUGUAACUUCAAUAUUAGCGGCGCAGGAUGACCUAGGACCGCAUCAGUUUGUUCAAAACACUCCAUCGAGUCUGGAUGUAAAACCGGGUUACGUCAUGAAAGAUGUAAUCUUGUAUUUAACUCCUACUCAAAUAAAGGCUUUAGAAGCAACACAAGGGCUCAAUAAAGUAGUGCCGUACAGUAAACCAAACGAAAAUCAGAAUGAAAGAGUUCAACUUUCAAGUGGAGAUAUACAAAAGUUGGAGGAUGAAUUAAAUAGACAAUUAGAACGCCUGAGGAUAUAUGAGAGGCAAAACGAUAAACCAGCGGAAGUGAAGGAACCACCUCCUAUUGUAGAAGCUAAUACUGAAGAAUCAGUGCCGUUCUCUCCACAAGCGAACCAACAGCAAACAAUUAUACCUCAAAUAAAACCUCAACAGGAACCAGAUUAUUUCUUACCAAACGAACAGGUAUUUAGAACAAAAUUGCCAGAAAGUUAUUCGUACAUAAAAUUUUACACUGAUAAUGAACCUGUUGAAAAAAUUAAUAGUGAAGCAUUCCAAGCGUACUCUGACGAAUUCAAGCUUGCAGAAAAAGUCGAACACAAUUCGGAAACACAACAGCCUCCAAACUAUCAGAAACCGUAUAAACUAAUUCCUUAUGAGUAUUCCUCGAAUAAAUCACCGGAACAAUUGAAAGAAGCCUUAAUAACUCAAGUACCUCAAUGGCCCAAUCUCUUCGAAGAACUCAAAUCUGAACCAUCUACAAAUCCAGUGGUAUCUGAAUUAUUAAAAUCACAAAACCAAGAAUCAAAACCAAAGGAGUAUGAAUUGCAUAAAGAAUUCUCAGAUAUUAAAUAUGUACCUAAAUUUGACAACCACAAACAGGCAGCUGAUUUUCAAAGAUUCAUAACUAAAAUUGAGAAGGAUAAUGCUCUAGCUAAAGCUGACGCCUUAAGAGUACCAAUUAGAAUUGCGUCUAAAAAAGAGGAGGCAGCAAUUAAACUAAAACGUAUUCCAGGGCUGAGGCGUUUCAACGUUCCUUAUUUGAAACCAUUUUACAACCACUAA